GCAGAGACUUUGGACGACCUUGCUCUGAGACUCGAGGGCGACCUCAUUGAAUCUGGCCACUGCAAUAAAGAUUUGUACCAGGUGGCCAAGAUGGAAUGUAAGCGCAACCUCCAGGAUUGGCAGGCGAAGCUCUCGCAGGCCGCAGCAGCAACCCAGCGCGCAGACAGGGCGAGGAGUGAGCUCACGAGGAUGAGAGAGGCGUACUUGCGGGAGGUAGCCGGCCUUCGACAGCAGCUUGUUCGGAAGGAGCAGGCAGAGGAGAGAGGUGCUGAGUUUGUGCCAGAUAUCAUCUCGCACUUCUCAGUCCACGAGAGCCUCAGUCAGGAAGUGGAAGAUCGGCUGGAGGAGCAGAGAAAGCGAUUGGAGGAGCAGCAUCAGUCUGAGCUGGAGAAGCUUAUGAAAGAUAAUUUGGAGCUGCUCCACAAGUUCAAGAACAAAGCCAUGCAGGCCAGCCUCCAAGGAAAUCUACUGGCGCAAAAGAAGGAGGCACCGGAGCAGAUUCACGCUGCGACGCAGACGCCGACGGAGAAGCGGGAGAACAAGGCAACAGAGACUGUUUCCGUGCAGCACGCCAGCAUCGAAGUCCAAACUUCGGACGAUACGCAUGGAGCCAGCAUCGCAGCCAAUAUGCCGAGUGAGGAGGCCGACAUUGAAGUGGAUGAAUUGGACUGCCUGGAUCUCGACGUGCUAGUCACCACAAUGGAGAUCCCGGAGGACAGGCGUGCCAACUCCCGGAGGAGGAACUCCAAGGCCCGUGCUAGAUCGGGAUCCGUGGCCACCAACGACAGCGAGGUGAUGGGCAAACGCACAUCGCAAGGACGGUCGCGGACAGCCUCCAGGGAGUUCUCAGGUGGCAAGCCACGACCGAGGAAGCGCUCACCGGACAGAGACACUUCCGUUUCCGAUCUGGAGAGCAAUGCCGGCAGCUCGGGCCCAGACGCAUGGCUUGUCAGAGUCCUUCUCAACGGAGACAGGAAGGAGAAAGGAUAUGAGUCAGCAAGCUUCGAAGAGGACGGCCAACACUGUGAACACCUCCGAGUGUGCGAUACAGACAGCUCUGGUGGCGUGGAUGAAAGAGCCCUGCUGGAGCCAGAAGCAAGAAGACGGGAUUGCAUCAAUAAGCGGGACCACACGUCUCAAAGAUAUGAGCGGGAGGCAAAGGGAGUGAGCAGGAGCCAAGCCAGCCACCUCGAGAGGCUUAGAGCAUGGUCAGGGAACAGUGGUCAGGGCUUUCUGCCCUUGUGUCGGCUCUUGCCAAGCCUUUCCUUGUUUGACCCAUUUGCUUACCCCGAGAAUCCUUCCUCGUUUGGCUCCUUUGGCGAGUUUGUUUGGACUCAGGGAUUUGACACACCGGCCUCGGCGUUCCCGGCCUUUGCCGAAGAGGCUUCCAAGCGGCUAUGGCAGGCUAUGGACUCUGAGGGAGACCCGGAGACAGAGGACCAGGUUGCCGGAGCUGAAGUCACCUUCGAAAAGGACCGCAGUCACGGUGCCCUCACAGGACCAGCGCAUUACAAGAGGUUCUCUGUCAGCUCGCAGGGGCACUCUGCCGCGAUGGUGUCACGCACCGAGGGCGCUCGCCCUUCGCAGCGCACGAUCAGCAGGACGGCCGCAGGGUGCGAUUGUUGGUUCAGUAAUAUGUCCUUUUUGUAA